UUAGUAGACUUAGUAAACUCGUCUAGGUAGUCAACACACACAUCUGACACAUUCAUACACACACACACCGUUUGAAGAAAAAAAAAUACAGAAGAAAAAACGAAAAAAAAUAAUAAUCAAACGGCGAAAAAAAUCCAAGCUGGUACCAGAAACUAGCUAAUCGAAGAGUUGCACCAGAAUCGCUUGCGACUUGGACGCCCAGACGCGUAGAACAGAUCCGUUGUCAGCACACCAUUGCACCAGAGUCCCUUGGAUCGCACAGAAAGAGUACAAAAUUGACAGGCCCAAAGUUCAAGGCAGCCGAAGGGACAGUGUGGACCCCCGAUCCCAGCCAAGGGCCAAUCGGGCCCAGAAAUCGUGCAGCUAGUUGCUUCAGGUUAAAGCCACAUCGACGACUGCUUCCAAUCCGAUUUCUUUUCCACUUUUGAUAGUUUUAUAAUCAGGAUGGUCAUCAAUCUGAAUCCGACCACCUCGUCGAGCGCCAAAGCCAGCGGCAGCAGCGUGGGCGCCGGCAGCGGUGGCGGCGGCAGCGUGAGCAGCCAAAGCGGUAGCAUCAUCGGCGGAAACGGAAGCGGAGGCGGAAACGGUAGCGGUGGCGGAAACGGCAGCGGAAGCGGCAACAGCGCCGGAAACGGAAGUGGCGGCGCCGCCACCAGCAACCUGAUGGGCAUCAUCAGCCACUCGGUCUUCGAGGGGAUCGUCCAUCUGCACGUGGUGUGCGCGGGCGAUGCGAACGCCAAGUGGAUCACCCUGGAGGAGGCGAUGGCCUACUGCCCCACCGGCGUGGUUGCCUACACAAAACUGCAGCUCGCGGAGAUUUACGGCGUGCCGAUGGACCUUCUGUUCGAGUGAUGAGGAGGUUCCUCGUCCGGACCAACGGGCUCUGCUCCUUGCUUGUUCCGACUUGCAGAACAAUGGCAGGCGGCAUUUGAACUUUGGCACUGUCGGUAACCAAAUCAAGAAAAUCAGUAUUCGGUUAGUUUGCAGAGCCUUCUGCAUGCCGUCGACUUUUUUUCGUGCUUGUUUCCCAGCCAUACAGCGAAAACCAAAUUUCAAGUUGUGGCGUUAUGCAAUUUUCCCGAGUGACAGCAAUUACUUCAGAGAGUUUAGAAUACCAGCCGAGGAGACAUGUCCGAGAGAUGUAUUAGUGUUCGGUUUGAUGCAAGAGACUGGUUAAUCUUUUUCGACUGGAGGACGACACACGUAUACCUUUGGCCCGACUCGAGGAUGAUUCGCAACUUAUGCUCUUCAGAAAAGUAUGAAAAGCUCGAAGUAAUUCAUAAAAAUCUCAAAUAAUGAUUGUCGAAACUUA